CUGCUGCUGAGAAAGUGGCGCGCCGCUCGGCUCCGCUCCUCAGUGCCGCCUAGUCCCGAGAAAAGCCCUAUAGGCGCCGGUGGGGGGAGGCAAUCAACUCCGUUCUUUUUUAACAGUGACAUUUACCCACCGACACGGCUGUGUGCAGCUCCUCCACCCUGAUGCAGCCCACACUGUAAAGACAAGAUUGUCCCUACUGCCCGCUUUAGGCAGGUUUUAAGGGCUUGUCUGGGCAGUGUCAGUCCGUUUCUCCUGUAAGCGGCACUGUCUCGGCUUUGGGGGGGUGGGCUGCCUGUCGGCGGCACCAUGUCCUACCCUCAGGGUUACCUGUACCAGCACCCCAGCUCGUUAGCUCUCUAUCAGUGUCCAGCUGCUGCUGCUGCGUAUGCCGCCUCCAGGAGUGAAGAAUUGGUUGGCAGCCGGACGGCAGGGACCGGUAGUGGCGGGUCCGCAUUCAGUCCUUACCCAGGGUCUGCAGCGUUCACCUCGUCCAGUGCUGCCGCUAGCUUUGGAAGCCCUCUGCAUUACUCGAGCGACCCAGCUACCAAUGGAUUCCCAUCCUAUAUGGCUUCACCUUACGAUGCUCACACGGCAAGCAUGGCAGGUGCCAUCAGCUACCACCCUUAUGGAAGUCCUGCAUAUUCUUACCAGCUUAAUGAUCCAGCUUAUAGGAAGAACGCUACUCGAGAUGCCACAGCAACCUUGAAAGCCUGGCUGCAGGAACACCGCAAAAACCCAUAUCCCACGAAGGGCGAAAAGAUCAUGCUGGCUAUCAUUACCAAAAUGACUCUGACCCAGGUAUCCACAUGGUUUGCAAAUGCCAGGAGAAGGCUAAAGAAGGAAAAUAAAAUGACCUGGGCCCCUCGAAACAAGAGCGAAGACGAGGAAGAAGAUGAGGUGGAUGGGGAUAGAAGUAAAGAGGAAAGUUCAGGAAAAAAUGAGGAGGGCAAUGACACUUCUGCAGACGAUGAAGGUAUUAGCUUGCACGUUGAUACUCUGACUGACCAUUCAUGCUCUGCGGAAUCCGAUGGGGAAAAACUGAGCUGUCGUCCCGGGGAUGGAUUUUGUGAAUCUGGCUCGGAAACUAGAGACCGAUGUGGGGACGAUGUAAAUGAUACUGACCAAGAAGAGAGAGAACAGCCCCUCAAAUCUGUCACUUCUUCUCCCUUGAAUGGCACAGAGGUCCCUAUCCACAAUCACAAACAAACAGAUGCGUCAAGGGACUGCAGAAUUAAAACGACAUUGGACAGCAGAAGCACCAUAAACAGUCAAACACAAAAUGUUAAGCCCAAGCUUUGGUCUCUUGCAGAAAUUGCUACUUCAGACCUCAAACAACAAAACCUCCAUGGCCAGAACUGUCCCGCGGUUACGGUGUUGUCUUCAUCUUCCUCCAGUUCAUCUUCGUCCUCCACAACUCCGUCUCCAACCUCCAGCAGUAGUUCACCAUACCCAGCAGCAGCAGCCUCUACCUUCCUGGCCAGACCAAUCUAUUACACCUCACCAUUUUACGCAAAUUACACUACUUAUGGAAAUUUAAAUGCCCUGCACCAGGCACAAGGCAUCUUGAGAUCUUACAACUCGUCAGCAGCAGGGACAGAGGGCCUCAGUCCCCACAGUGUACUCAGUGCUGCAGUAUCGCACCUUCAUAGGCCGAACAGUGACUCGAGUCUCAAAGGCCUGAGCGCUGGCCAGCUGGAACAACAACUCUUCAGGCCCUGCACUACAACUCAUGAGUCCAAAAAAGGUAGGUGUCACAAUUGCUUUGAAAAAUCUGCAAGCCAUCCUCUUUCCCACAGCUAUUACUCCUAUUAUAAAACAGGUCUGGAGUUCUGGAACACAUAUCGUGCCACUGUAGAAAAGAAGACUCACAGAAAAUGGCCACUUAACUUUGUUGUCCAGUAAUUCAAAUACGCAGACCUUGUUUUUACUAUCUAUGCUUUUCCUGAAUUUAAAUAGUCUGCACAGAUGUACACACCAUUUUGGCAAGCAAUCAGUCUACUCAGGAUUUCUUGACUUGAUCACUUCAUUGCCACGGUAUAGACGUGUGAUGGUAUUGUAAAAUGUAUUUGUAAGAAAUGUAUACACCAGACGAAACGUGUAUGUGAUUGAAGAACUUGAGAACCAGAAAUGCUGACAAGAGACCUUUGAUAUUUAUUUUUGUAAUGAUAUCUAAAGCUUCUAGUAAUUUAUGCAAGUUGUAUUGCAAUGAAAACGAAACAUGUUUUGUAAAUAAUACCUGCCUGGUUUUUAUUUGAAAUGUUGACUAUAAAUCUUUGUUGGUUGUUAAUAAGAAUUCUUUACUAAUUUAUACCUACUUGUAAAUAAAACAGACUAGUCUGAGAA